AAAAAGUCAGUAUCAUCCCGUGAAAACAGGUCAAACAUGAUCUCUGUUGUGAUUAAAUAUUUAUAAAAUGGCGGAUGCAGAAGAUAAAGCUCAUCUUUGGUGUUAAUGUUAUAAACUUGUGAGUUUAAACACAAACUCUACACACUAACAUAUAAAGGUCAGACAUCUUGCUAGGCGUUUGUCUUUUAGGGUUCAGUAAUUAAUUUUUCGCUGACGUUUAUUUUUGUGUUGUUCUAGAUUUUUGCUUUUCUCUCAUUAUCUUUUGUUUUGGUUCAGUCUCGCCGCUCAAAUCAACAUUUCCAGCAUUUAUCUUCAGUAAAAACUCCCUAGUAUGCUAACUGAGAAGCUACGAACAGCAGGCAAAAUAAAGUUAGCGGCUAGCUGGUGAACGUAGCGCAGAUAUUUUUACCUUUUUAAGGUCGGUGGAGACCAAAAUGGAGCCAGAAGGACGAUGAACACUGUGAUUCAUCGGGCGGACUUAAACACACCAGAAAAUCAGUUACAGACGUCAUUUGAUGCUAACAUUUAGGUUCAUACUUUUAUUUGUGGGUUCUAAUAGAAUAGCUUUACAUAUUUUAAUUUAAAAAAAAAAAACAUUAUUCCCUUUACAUGCCACUGUGUCUCGAACGCUCUGUAUUAGCUACGUAGUGAGACAUGACACCAUGUAGCCAAUCAGAGGCAGAGUAGGGCGGGUCAAGCUGAGCAAGGUAGUGUGAUUAAUAAUAACAGAAGAGCUUUGAAAGAAACUUUUUCGUAGUGGCCAAACCGUGUAAUUAAAUCGUCAGGUGAUCCACUGUGGACCUAAAAGACUUUUCCUCACGAGUAAUCACGAUUCUUCUUUUUUAUUUCAGACUGCAACUUCUGCCGUGCUGUUGCCAUGACGAUUAAUAAGCUUCAUGAACAAAGAAAGUGACCGUAUCGAUGUGGGAGGUUUUAGUUUGACUGCGGGGAGAAUCAGCUUACGUUGCUCUUCUGUCAGGUCAGCUGUUUAACUGUAAAAGAACAGAGGUGUAUUCUGUAACACUACAUGGACCUCUGAGGUAACCGGAUCUGAUAAUUACGCCACCUCCCUCAGAUAGAUAGGUACCAUUUCAGAGAAGACAUGGACCCGUCUGCUCGCGUGGUGGGUCUGGAUGCUCAGGGCAACAUGGUUUUCACCGUAGUAAAACCAGUUAUGGGCAUCUUCCAGGUGUCUUCGGAGCAAACGGGUAGUGUCGCACAAGGUGGCAUGGGGCUGCAGGGUUUGUCUGAAAACACACUGAUCCUCCCUCAAGCGCAAGGCCAGGUCCCGCUAGACCAGAACCAGGUUGAAAUGCACAACAUACAGCAUCAUAUUCAGCCCCAGAUGCAGAUGUCGGCCCCGGGCCAGACUGAGGAGGUGCCGCAGAACCAGGAACUGGCAACAAACUCGAGCACAAAUUCACAGUCCUCUACGCAGAUGCCUUUUGCGGAGGUGUCGUCACUGCUGGAUCCAAACAUGAAAGGAUCGAAGGCUCGAAAGUAUCUCAUCUCGUACGAUGAAAUCAAGCGGCGCCUGCAGGCUCCGGAGAAGAUGUCCCUGCGCUCCCUGGCAGCCUACACUCGGGUCAGCAGAGGCCCGGCCAGCAAGAAAACCCUCCUGGAGUCACUCAGCGUUCUCGGCCUCACGCCAAGCACAACUACCUCUGUAUCCUCCUCUUUCUCCAAACUCACUGAAGGCGACACCGGAGCUUUGUGUGAGGACAUGAAGGACUUCGCACACGACUACAUCGACUACAGCAGCAUGGCCAAACAGCUGAUCCCUGAGAUCAAUACAGUUCAACACUGGUCGAAAAUUAUUGAAACCAAGAACCACCUCGAGGAUAUGAGAAAGUGUUUCAAGGACCCGGACAACAGCGGGGCGUUUGACAGCGUCACCCAUGGUCUGGGUCUGGGAAUGCUGGACAUCGCGCUCGACAUGAUCAUCAUGGUUAUCGAACAGCAGAUUCGGAUUCUGUCCGGCGCGGCGGCAUCAGAUCCGCCCGACUCCGGUCCGCCAAUGCGCCGUAUCCGCAGGCGCCACCGCAAAACCCGCCCGAAUGACAACGAGAAGUCCAACAAGACGCCCGGAGGAGUCAACGAGCAAGGGAAGGUCAUUUCCAAAGGCAAGGGGCGAGGCCGGGUCCGGAAGAAGAACAGGCAGGAAACUGGAGCUGCUGGUCCAGUGGAAACCCAUGAAGAGCAGGGCAAGUCGGAGGACGUGGAGAGUAAUGUCCUCACUCUGGUUUCUGUAGGAUACGAGACUGUUUCCAGCGGUCUCAACACAACUGGAACUGUGUGACAGCCGGUCAUGUGACGUGUCAUAGAAACUCAGCGACGGGUCACUGACACUGAGCAAGUCGAGGUCCCGUGAAGGACAUCGAUGUUGUGACGAGCUCAGCGUCACAUCUGCAUCCACAUUCUGGGAUAUAACACUCAAGAGCUUUCACAUGACAGCCAGCAGCUGGUUAGCUUUAGCCUAGCUUAGCAUAAAGACUGGAAACUUGGGCUAACAGGGUGGCUCAGUCUGAAGCUAACACAAUUAAUUAACACUGAUCACUGGGAGUAAAAAGUUGUGAUUCUGAUACAUCGGCUGAUAUUCACAUAUUUCUUGCAGUCAGUGCUGAUGUUUGUAGACGAGGUGAGAUGUUUUAUAGGUUAAACAUGAUGAUCCACGAUGACAUCAGUGAACAAAAACUGUAAAGUUCCCUGAAGAUUUAAUCAUUGUAACUCAACCAGAUGUCGCCUUAAAAGCCCAAAACCUUUAAUAUCAGCUUCGUACUGAUGUUCUGUGAAAUGACAAACAAAAAUAUGUCGAAGUUUGGACAUUUUAUUUUAGGAUUCAGGUCCGUCUGUCAGAGAGCUGACGUCUGGUUUUACCGGGUGUGAUGUGGCACAACGUCUUGAAUGUAAAUCAUUAUAUUGUUAUUUGUUUUUAAUAGAUUACGACCAGAAGACAUAUUGUGUUAAUAAUUUACUUUCUGGCAUGAAGAAUUUGUGACCUUCGGACCGAGCCGGGCCACAGUCGCUCCUCUAACACCUCAACAACAGGGAGGAUUUAGAGACUGAAGCAGGAGUCUCAGUCCUCCAGGAAAAAUUGAGAUUCAGAGACUUUUAAAGAAUGAAGAAAACUUAUUUGUACAUUGUGUAACCUGUUGUUAGGUUAAAUCAUUUUAAAUACACUUUUAAUGCUCAGAAAACAAAGCAGAACAAUUCGACAUAAUAUUCAUUGUUUGAUUUUUUUGCUUCCACCCCAGAGAGUCUUUUGAAAUGUGCUGUUUUUAUUUUUCUCUCCUCCAUUUCUCUGCAUCUCCCACCUCAUGAGAAGAAAUGUGACAGAAACAUGUUGUGAAAACUAAAAGAAAGAAAACAUUUGUGAUAACUGAGGAGAGAUUCUGGAGGAUUGUGUCACUGGGAGGAAACAUGGUGAAUUGUGGGUUCCAGUCUUUAUGCUAAGCUAACCGGCCGCUGCUAAUGAGAGACGUAGUUCUGUUCCUGUUUGUGUCUGCGGUGUUUCUUUACCUGCAGGUUUUGAACAUGUGUCGUCUCGCUGAGUCAAAUCUAAAUGUUAUUUUUGUAUGCUGUGUUUCCAGUCAGCUGAUGUGUGUCGAUAUAAACACUGAGGAAACGUACGACCCGUCACAGAGAACAGAAACGAUUUGAUUUCUUCUCUGUGGUGGCGGCGCGACGUCUCCUGUUCCCCCGUCGUAUUUAUUGUUUAGAUUUCCAGCUGAGCGUCUGUUGUUCUGUUCUAGAUUGUUGAAAGUGUGUGUUUUUACCGGGAGCCUCAAGAGUUGAGUGGACUAUAAAGAUUUAAUUUUCCUAACUA